AUGACUCCAAGACCCUUCAAGAGAAAGCCCGAACUUACAGCGGAACCAACAGCGGAGUACCACAGGCCACCAACUGUCAUCAACUUCGAAGAGAGCCUUUCGGAGGAAGAUAAAUCAGUCAUACGACGGAUUCGUCCCGCAACGUUGUUGCGCAAAUUUCGGUUUGGGAGAAGAGCCGAGGAACCGGACGAGUCCGAAUCGACCUCGGGAACUUUUGUUACCGCGCGGUCAACACAACCGCAUCCACCUAGACCUGCAAGGACCUUUGCCUGUCACAAUGGCGGGAAAUCGUUACCUAAUGGUUUUGUCGGAUCCAUUGUCGAAGUGGAUUUCCGCAUUCCCCAUCCCGGAUAA